CCCUUAGCAACGGACCCAGCCUCCGUCCCUAGAGACGGGUCGCCAAACGCGACACUGCGCUGUGCAAACGGAGCUCUGGCUGGGACAUUGCCCUGAGAGACAGCAUGGAAGAGCAUUAUAAAGAAAGCUGCUGCCCAGGAAAGAGCCCUCAAAACCCAGAGUCGUCGAGUAUUUCUGACUUCCAAAAGUAUACUGUGAAGAAGACUCCUGCCAACCUAGAGAAUAACCUGAGGAAGGUUCUUCUGGGAACAGAUUCUGAGCCGGAGAAGCCUCGUCCAAGCCCUGACCCCAAUCCCCCAGCUUUAUCCUUGCGCCUGGUCCCAUCCAUUCCCUCAGAUUUGGGGCAGCCCCGGAAAUUGCCCCUGACAAGCACUGAUAAGAAGUACCCACUGAUGAAGCAGCAUGGGUUCUACUCUGACAUCCUUGGCCCUGGAAGCUUGGAUCAACUUGGGGAAGUAUGCUGUGGCCCCUGCAUGAACCAGAACCUCCUACGGCAGGCUGACCUUGACAAGUGCACCCCAAAAGUCACAACCUUUAAGGUUCCUGAGGACUUCGAGGAGCGCCUGGAACAGCAGCGCAUCGGCUCCACCACCCAGUUGCUCACCCAGGCCGACUUCCCGCUGCAGGCCUAUGAGCCCAAGGUGCAGGUGCCCUUCCUGGUGCUGCCGGGCCAGUGCCCCCGCAAGAUUGAGAUUGAGAGGAGGAAGCGGCUAUACCUGAGCCUGGACAUUGAGCAGUUGCUGGCCAGUGAGGGCAUUGACUCCAACAAGCUCAUGCCCAGGCACCCAGACCCCUACCACCCUCAGACCAUUGAGCAGGGCAAUGACCCACUCUUCCCCAUUUAUCUCCCGCUGAAGGUGUUUGACAAUGAGGAGUUUGACUGCCGGACUCCCAGUGAAUGGAUCAACUUGGGUUUGGAGCCAGGGUCUCAGUACAGGAGACCAGUCCCAGGAAAAGCCCUCCUGCCCACCAAUGACUUCCUAGGGCAUGAGGACCCCAAAAGUAAGGAGCUGAAGUACGAAUGGUGCAAUGUCGGUGUCCUGGACUAUGACAAGGAGAAGAAGCUGUAUCUGGUGCACAAGACAGACGAGAACGGCUUGGUGCGAGACGAGAUGGGGAAGCCCAUCCUGAAUGGAGGGGUCACCGCUGAAGGAAGGCCACCCCUCCUGGUCUGCCAAUACUGGGUGCCACGGAUCCAGCUUCUCUUCUGUGCGGAGGACCCACGUGUGUUCACACAGCGUGUGGUCCAGGCCAACGCCUUGCGCAAGAACACCGAGGCACUGCUGCUAUACAACCUCUAUAUAGACUGCAUGCCCUCCGAGGGCCAGCGGCUCCUCAGCGAGCAGAGCAUGAGCAGGAUCAAGCAGUGGGCCAUGAGCACGCCCCGGAUGCGCAAAGGGCCCUCGGUUCUGGAGCACCUCAGCAACCUGUCCAGAGAAGUGAACCUGGACUAUGAGCGCAGCAUGAACAAGAUCAACUUUGACCAAAUUGUCGCCUCUAAGCCUGACACGUUCUCCUACGUGACCCUGCCCCAGAAGGAGGAGGAGACAGUGCCUCAGUAUGGGCUGGUGAGUGUCCCCAAGUACCCUUUCCGGGAGCAGAAGGCAGACUUCACCUUUGUGUCCCUGCUCACACGGCCGGAGGUCAUCACAGCCCUCAGCAAGGUGCGGGCCGAGUGCAACAAGGUGACCACCAUGUCCCUGUUCCACUCGACCCUCUCUAAGUACAGCCGCCUGGAAGAGUUCGAGCAGAUCCAGUCACAGACUUUCUCCCAGGUGCAGAUGUUCCUCAAGGACAGCUGGAUCAGCACGCUCAAGGUGGCCAUGCGCAGCAGCCUGCGGGACAUGAGCAAGGGCUGGUACAACCUCUAUGAGACCAACUGGGAGGUGUACCUCAUGUCAAAGCUGCGCAAGCUGAUGGAGCUGAUCAAGUACAUGCUGCAGGACACGCUGCGCUUCCUGGUGCAGGACUCGCUGGCCAGCUUCUCGCAGUUCAUCUCUGAUGCCUGCUGCAGUGUGCUCGACUGCACUGAUGACAUGGUGUGGGGCGGAGAUUUCAUAAACAGCCCCUACAGGCCCCGGAAGAAUCCUCUGUUCAUUGUGGACCUGGUGCUGGACAGCUCAGGGGUGCACUACAGCACACCGCUGGAGCAGUUCGAGACAGCUUUGCUCAACCUCUUCGACAAGGGCAUCCUAGCCACCCACGCAGUGCCCCAGCUGGAGAAGCUGGUGAUGGAAGACAUCUUCAUCAGCGGUAACCCCCUGCUGGAGUCAGUGGGGCUUCACGAGCCCCUGGUGGAGGAGCUGAGGGCCACCAUCGCCAAUGCUGUGCGCAAGGCCAUGAUCCCAUUGCAGGCCUACGCCAAAGAGUACAGGAAGUACCUGGAGCUGAACAACCAUGACAUCUCCACAUUCCUCAAGGCCUACCAGGAGCAGUGCCCAUCAGCUGAGGAGGUGCGGGAGGUGGUGCUCACCCACCUACAGGAGAAAGAGAUCCUGGACAGCUCGCUGCCCAGCAGCAUUGUCAUUGGGCCCUUCUACAUCAACGUCGACAAUGUCAAGCAGAGCCUGUCCAAGAAGCGCAAAGCCCUGGCCACUUCCAUGCUGGACAUCCUGGCCAAGACUCUGCACAAGGAGGUGGACAGCAUCUGUGAGGAGUUUCGCAGUAUCAGCCGCAAGAUCUAUGAGAAGCCCAACAGCAUAGAGGAGCUGGCUGAGCUUCGUGAGUGGAUGAAAAGCAUCCCUGAAAAGCUGGUGGGGCUGGAGGAGCGGAUUGUGAAGGUCAUGGAUGACUACCAGGUCAUGGACGAAUUCCAUUACAGCCUCACCACAGAUGACUUCAAUGACAAAUGGGCUGCCAACAACUGGCCUGCUAAGAUCCUUGGACAGAUAGAAAUGGUGCGGCAGCAGCACUUGGAAGAAGAGGAGAAGUUCCACAAAAUCCAGAUUAUGGAUCAGAACAACUUCCAGGAGAAGCUGGAAGGGCUGCAGCUGGUGGUAGCUGGCUUCUCCACCCAUGUGGAAACUGCUCGAGCGCACGAGAUCGCCAAUGAAGUGCGGAGGGUCAAGAAGCAGCUGAAGGACUGCCAGCAGCUGGCCAUGCUCUACAACAACCGUGAACGCCUCUUUGGCUUGCCCAUCACAAAUUAUGACAAACUCUCCAGGAUGGUGAAAGAGUUCCAGCCCUAUCUGGACCUCUGGACCACAGCCUCCGACUGGCUGCGCUGGUCUGAGAGCUGGAUGAAUGACCCCCUGUCAGCCAUCGACGCUGAGCAGCUGGAGAAGAAUGUCAUUGAGUCCUUUAAGACCAUGCACAAGUGUGUGAAGCAGUUUAAGGACAUCCCAGCCUGCCAGGAGGUGGCCUUGGACAUCCGGGCCCGCAUCGAGGAGUUCAAGCCAUACAUCCCGCUGAUCCAGGGGCUGCGAAACCCUGGCAUGCGGAACCGGCACUGGGAGGUGCUGUCCAAUGAGAUCAACAUUAAUGUCAGGCCCAAGGCCAACCUGACCUUUGCCCGCUGCCUUGAGAUGAACCUACAGGACCACAUCGAGAGCAUCAGCAAGGUGGCUGAGGUGGCCGGCAAGGAGUACGCCAUUGAGCAGGCACUGGACAAGAUGGAGAAGGAGUGGUCAAGCAUCCUGUUCAACAUACUGCCCUACAAGGAGACAGAGACCUACAUCCUCAAGAGCCCAGAUGAGGCCUCACAGUUGCUGGACGACCACAUUGUCAUGACCCAGAGCAUGUCCUUCUCGCCCUACAAGAAGCCCUUCGAGCAGCGCAUCAGCUCCUGGGAGAACAAGUUGAAGCUGACUCAGGAAGUGCUGGAGGAGUGGCUGAACUGUCAGCGGUCCUGGCUCUACCUGGAGCCCAUCUUUAGCUCUGAGGACAUCAACCGACAGUUGCCCGUGGAGAGCAAACGCUACCAGACAAUGGAACGGAUCUGGAGGAAGAUCAUGAAGAAUGCCUAUGAAAACCGGGAGGUGAUCAAUGUGUGCUCUGACCAGAGGCUGCUGGACAGCCUGCGGGAUUGCAACAAGCUGCUAGACAUGGUACAAAAGGGCCUCAGCGAGUACUUGGAGACCAAGAGGAGGGCCUUCCCCAGAUUCUACUUCCUAUCAGACGAUGAACUACUUGAGAUCUUAUCCCAGACAAAGGACCCCACUGCUGUGCAGCCCCAUCUGCGCAAGUGCUUCGAGAACAUUGCCCGGCUGAUGUUCCAGGAGGACCUGGAAAUUACACACAUGUACUCAGCAGAGGGUGAGGAGGUGCAGUUGUCCUUCUCCAUCUACCCGUCCAACAACGUGGAGGACUGGCUGCGGGAGGUGGAACUCAGCAUGAAGACCAGCGUGCGAGACAUCAUUGAGAGGGCCAUCAGGGCGUACCCCACAAUGACCAGGACCCAGUGGGUUCUGAACUGGCCUGGCCAGGUGACCAUCGCUGGGUGCCAGACCUACUGGACUAUGGAAGUGGCAGAGGCCCUGGAGGCCAGCAACCUCAGUAACCAGCUGUUCCCCCAGCUUGCCCAGCAGCUCAGUGACCUGGUGGCCUUGGUACGGGGGAAGCUGUCCCGCAUGCAGCGGGCAGUGCUCUCAGCACUAAUUGUCAUUGAGGUCCAUGCCAAGGAUGUGGUGAGCAAGCUGAUCCAGGAGAAGGUGGUCAGUGUGAAUGACUUCGAGUGGAUCUCACAGCUGAGGUACUAUUGGACAAAUAACAACCUAUACAUUCGAGCCGUGAAUGCUGAGUUCAUCUAUGGCUACGAGUACCUAGGCAACAGCGGGAGGCUGGUGAUCACACCCCUCACCGACAGGUGCUAUCUGACACUGACCGGCGCCUUGCAUCUCAAGUUUGGGGGUGCCCCAGCUGGCCCAGCCGGCACAGGGAAAACAGAGACCACCAAAGACCUGGGCAAGGCCUUGGCCAUCCAGACUGUUGUGUUCAACUGCUCUGAUCAGCUUGACUUCAUGGCCAUGGGCAAGUUCUUCAAGGGCCUGGCCAGUUCUGGGGCUUGGGCCUGCUUCGAUGAGUUCAAUCGCAUCGAUAUUGAGGUACUGUCUGUGGUGGCACAGCAGAUCACCACCAUCCAGAAGGCGCAGCAACAGCGGGCGCUCUUCCGGCCUGUGGCCAUGAUGGUUCCAGAUUACGCCAUGAUUGCUGAGAUCUCCCUCUACUCCUUUGGUUUCAAUGAAGCCAAUGUGCUGGCCAAGAAGAUCACAACCACCUUCAAGCUGUCCUCCGAGCAGCUCAGCUCCCAGGAUCACUAUGACUUUGGGAUGAGAGCUGUGAAAACUGUGAUCUCAGCAGCUGGGAACCUCAAGCGAGAAAACCCCACCAUGGAUGAGGAGCUGAUCUGCCUCCGGGCCAUCCGUGACGUGAACGUGCCCAAGUUCCUGCAGGAGGACCUCAAGCUCUUCUCCGGAAUUGUGUCUGACCUGUUCCCCACCAUUAAGGAGGAGGACACUGACUAUGGCAUCUUGGACAAGGCCAUCCGCAAGGCCUGUGAGAAGCACAACCUCAAGGAUGUGGACGGCUUCUUGACCAAGUGCAUCCAGCUCUACGAGACCACCGUGGUGCGGCACGGCCUCAUGCUCGUUGGGCCCACAGGCUCCGGCAAGAGUAAUUGUUACAGGGUCCUGGCAGCAGCCAUGACAUCGCUGAAAGGGCAACCAUCCAUCAGUGGUGGUGUGUACGAGGCUGUCAACUACUAUGUUCUCAACCCCAAGUCCAUCACAAUGGGCCAGCUGUACGGGGAGUUUGACCUGCUCACCCAUGAGUGGACAGAUGGGAUUUUCUCCAACCUCAUCCGGACUGGGGCCACCGCAUCCGACACCAACAAGAAGUGGUACAUGUUCGACGGGCCAGUGGACGCCGUCUGGAUUGAGAACAUGAACACGGUGCUGGACGACAAUAAGAAGCUGUGCCUCAGCUCCGGGGAGAUCAUCAAGCUCACAGAGGAGAUGACCAUGAUGUUUGAGGUGCAGGACCUGGCAGUGGCCUCACCAGCCACAGUGUCCCGCUGCGGCAUGGUGUACCUGGAGCCCAGCAUCCUGGGGCUCAUGCCCUUCGUCGAGUGCUGGCUGAAGGGGCUCCCUGCCUUAUUCAAGCCCUACCAGGAGCACUUCAAGGACCUCUUUGUCAGCUUCCUGGAGGAAUCCAUCACUUUUGUCCGGUCUUCAGUGAAGGAGGUGAUCACCUCAACCAACAGCAACCUAACCAUGAGUCUUCUCAAGCUGCUGGAGUGCUUCUUCAAGCCCUUCACACCUAAAGAGGGCCUCAAGAAAAUACCCCCCGAAAAGCUGAGUCGCAUCCCAGAGCUGAUCGAGCCCUGGUUCAUCUUCUCCCUGAUCUGGAGUGUGGGUGCCACAGGGGACAGUGCCGGCCGUAUCGGCUUCAGCGAGUGGCUCAGGAUCAAGAUGAAGACGGGAAACCUGACCAUGCACUUUCCAGAGGAGGGGCUGGUGUUUGAUUACAGGCUGGAGGACGCUGGCAUCAGCAAUACCAAUGAGGAGGAGGAAGAGGAGGAGAGUAAGCAGGUUGCCUGGGUGAAGUGGAUGGACUCUUCGACCCCAUUCACCAUGAUGCCGGAGACCAACUACUGCAACAUCAUCGUGCCCACCAUGGAUACCAUGCAGAUGUCCUACUUGCUGGGCAUGCUGCUCAUCAACCACAAGCCUGUGCUGUGCAUCGGGCCAACAGGCACGGGGAAAACCCUCACCGUCUCCAACAAGCUCCUAAAGAACCUGCCGCUGGACUACAUCAGCCACUUCCUCACCUUCUCAGCCCGCACUUCGGCCAACCAAACCCAGGACCUCAUCGACAGCAAGCUGGACAAGAGGCGGAAGGGUGUGUAUGGACCACCCCUGGGCCGUAACUUCAUCUUCUUCAUCGAUGACUUGAACAUGCCAGCCUUGGAGACCUAUGGUGCCCAGCCGCCUAUUGAGCUGUUGCGCCAGUGGAUGGACCAUGGAGGCUGGUAUGACCGCAAGAUCAUCGGAGCCUUCAAGAACCUGGUGGACAUCAACUUUGUCUGUGCCAUGGGGCCCCCAGGCGGAGGCAGGAAUGCCAUCACUCCACGGCUGACCCGCCACUUCAAUUACCUGUCCUUUGUGGAAAUGGAUGAGGUCAGCAAGAAGUGCAUCUUCUCCACCAUCCUGGGAAGUUGGAUGGAUGGACUCCUCGGAGAAAAAAGUUACCGGGAUCCUGUGCCCGGGGCCCCCAACAUCACCCACUUCACGGAUCCCCUCGUGGAAGCUACCAUCACGGUGUACUCCACCAUCACCUCCCAGCUGCUGCCCACCCCAGCCAAGUCCCACUACACCUUCAACCUGAGGGACCUCUCCAAGGUCUUCCAGGGCAUGCUCAUGGCCGACCCAGCCAAGGUCCAGGACAAAGUGCAGCUGCUGCGACUGUGGUACCAUGAGAACUGCCGCGUGUUCCGGGACCGUCUGGUGAAUGAGGAGGACCGCAGCUGGUUCGACAAGCUCCUAGAAGGCCGCAUGGAGGAGUGGGAGGUAGCCUUCAAUGAGGUUUGCCCCUUCCAGCCCAUUCUUUAUGGAGACUUCAUGUCACCAGGCUCUGACGUCAAGUCCUACGAGCUCAUCACCAGUGAGAAGAAGAUGAUGCAGGUGAUCGAGGAGUACAUGGAGGACUACAACCAGAUCAACACAGCCAAGCUGAAGCUGGUCCUCUUCAUGGAUGCCCUGAGCCACAUCUGCCGCAUCAGCCGUACCCUGCGCCAGGCAUUGGGCAAUGCACUCCUGCUGGGUGUAGGUGGCAGCGGCCGCAGCUCCCUCACCCGGCUCACCUCGCACAUGGCUGAGUACGAGUGCUUCCAGAUUGAGCUGUCCAAGAGCUAUGGCAUGACUGAGUGGCGCGAAGAUGUCAAGAAGAUCUUACUCAAGGCUGGCUUGCAAAACCUGCCCAUCACCUUUCUGUUCUCGGACACCCAGAUCAAGAACGAGUCCUUCCUGGAGGACAUCAACAAUGUCCUGAACUCGGGUGACAUUCCCAACCUCUACUCCACGGACGAGCAGGACCAGAUCCUCAACAUCAUGCGGCCCUACGUCCAGGAGCAGGGCCUUCCACCCACCAAGGCCAACCUCAUGGCUGCCUAUACGGGGCGCCUGCGUAGCAACAUCCACAUGGUGCUGUGUAUGAGCCCCAUCGGAGAGGUCUUCCGAGCUCGCCUGAGGCAGUUCCCGUCCCUAGUCAACUGCUGUACCAUCGACUGGUUUAACGAGUGGCCGGCGGAGGCCCUGGAGUCUGUGGCCACUAUAUUCCUGAAUGAGAUCCCAGAACUGGAAGCCACUUCUAAAGUAAUUGAAGGACUGAUCAAGGUUUGCGUGUGUAUCCACCAGUCAGUGACCAGGAAGUGUGUCGAGUACCUGGCCGAGCUGGCCCGCCACAAUUACGUGACCCCCAAGAGCUACCUGGAGCUGCUCCAUAUUUUCUCCAUCCUCAUCGGGCAGAAGAAACAGGAGCUUAAAACCGCCAAGAACCGCAUGAAGAGCGGGCUCGACAAGCUGUUACGAACUUCGGAGGAUGUGGCCAAGAUGCAAGAGGACCUGGAGGUUAUGCGCCCUCUGCUGGAGGAGGCUGCCAAGGACACUGUGCUCACCAUGGAGCAGAUCAAGGUGGACACGACCCUUGCCGAGAAUACCCGGAAAUCAGUGCAGGCAGAGGAGAUCAAGGCCAACGACAAGGCCAGGAAAGCACAAGCUAUUGCUGAUGAUGCCCAAAAGGAUCUGGAUGAGGCACUGCCUGCCCUGGAUGCAGCCCUGGCCAGCCUGCGCAACCUCAACAAAAAUGACGUGACUGAGGUGCGAGCCAUGCAACGGCCACCCCCGGGUGUGAAGCUGGUCAUAGAAGCUGUGUGCAUCCUGAAGGGCAUCAAGCCCAAGAAGGUUCCUGGAGAGAAGCCUGGCUCCAAGGUGGAUGACUACUGGGAGCCCGGCAAGGGGCUGCUGCAGGACCCUGGCCGCUUUCUCGAGGGCCUCUUCAAGUUUGACAAGGACAACAUUGGGGAGGGGGUGAUCAAAGCCAUCCAGCCAUACAUCGACAAUGAAGAGUUCCAGCCUGCUGCCAUCGCCAAGGUGUCCAAGGCCUGCACCUCCAUCUGCCAGUGGGUGCGCGCCAUGCACAAGUACCACUUCGUGGCCAAGGCAGUGGAGCCCAAGCGGCAAGCCCUGCGGGAGGCCCAGGACGACCUGGAGGUAACACAGAAGAUCCUGGAUGAGGCAAAGCAGCGCCUGCAGGAGGUGGAGGACGGCAUUGCCACCAUGCAGGCCAGGUACCGAGAGUGCAUCUCCAAGAAGGAGGAGCUGGAGCUGAAGUGUGAGCAGUGUGAGCAGCGGCUGGGCCGAGCUGACAAGCUCAUCAGUGGUCUGUCGGAUGAGAAGGUGCGUUGGCAGGAGACAGUGGAGAACCUGGAGCACAUGCUUGACAACAUCUCUGGAAACGUGCUGGUGGCUGCUGGCUUUGUGGCCUACCUGGGCCCCUUCACGGGCCAGUACCGCACAGUGCUUUAUGACCACUGGGUCCAACAGCUCAAAAUCCACAACGUCCCACACACCUCCGAGCCCACGCUAAUCGGGACACUGGGGAAUCCUGUGAAGAUCCGCUCGUGGCAGAUCGCUGGCCUCCCCAAUGACACCCUGUCAGUGGAGAAUGGGGUCAUCAACCAGUACUCCCAGCGCUGGACCCACUUCAUUGACCCUCAGGGCCAGGCCAACAAAUGGAUCAAGAACAUGGAGAAGGAAAGUGGGCUGGAUGUGUUCAAGCUGAGUGACCGCGACUUCCUGCGCAGCAUGGAGAAUGCCAUCCGCUUUGGCAAGCCCUGCCUUCUGGAGAAUGUGGGCGAGGAGCUGGACCCAGCUCUGGAGCCUGUGCUGCUCAAGCAGACAUACAAGCAGCAGGGGAACACAGUGCUGAAGCUAGGGGACACAGUGAUCCCCUACCAUGAGGAUUUCAGGAUGUACAUCACCACCAAGCUGCCCAACCCACACUACACGCCUGAGAUCGCCACCAAACUCACCCUCAUCAACUUCACCCUGUCACCCAGUGGCCUAGAGGACCAGCUGCUAGGCCAGGUAGUGGCUGAGGAGCGGCCCGACCUGGAGGAAGCCAAGAACCAGCUGAUUGUCAGUAAUGCCAAGAUGCGUCAGGAGCUGAAGGACAUUGAAGACCAGAUCCUGUACCGGCUCAGCUCCUCUGAGGGCAACCCUGUGGAUGAUGUGGAGCUCAUCAAGGUGCUGGAGGCUUCCAAACUGAAGGCUGGGGAGAUCCAGGCCAAGGUCAGGAUUGCAGAGCAGACAGAGAAGGACAUCGACCUCACACGCAUGGAGUACAUACCCGUAGCCGUCCGCACCCAGAUCCUGUUCUUCUGUGUGUCUGACCUGGCCAAUGUGGACCCCAUGUACCAGUAUUCCCUCGAGUGGUUUCUCAACAUCUUCCUCUCAGGCAUCGCCAACUCAGAGAGGGCAGACAACCUGAAGAAGCGCAUCGCCAACAUCAACCGCUACCUGACCUACAACCUCUACAGCAACGUUUGCCGCAGCCUCUUUGAGAAGCACAAGCUGAUGUUCGCCUUCCUGCUGUGUGCCCGCAUCAUGAUGAAUGAAAACAAGAUCAACCAAAGCGAAUGGCGCUACCUCCUAUCUGGGGGCUCCAUCCAGGUCAUGACUGAGAACCCUGCAGCAGACUGGCUGUCAGAACGGGCCUGGCGAGACAUCCUGGCACUGUCAAACCUGCCAGCCUUCUCCUCCUUCGCCACUGACUUUGUGAAGCACCUCUCAGAAUUCAAGGCUAUCUUCGACAGCCCCGAGCCCCACCGGGAGCCAUUGCCUGGCAUCUGGGACCAGUACCUGGACCAUUUUCAGAAGCUGCUGGUCCUGCGCUGCCUGCGUGGAGACAAGGUCACCAACGCCAUGCAGGACUUUGUGGCCGCCAACCUGGAGCCACGCUUCAUUGAGCCCCAGACAGCCAACCUGUCAGUGGUGUUCAAGGACUCCAACUCCUCCACGCCCCUCAUCUUUGUGCUAUCUCCUGGUACUGACCCAGCUGCUGACCUCUAUAAGUUUGCUGAAGAGAUGAAGUUCUCCAAGAAGCUCUCUGCCAUCUCCCUGGGCCAGGGCCAGGGUCCUCGGGCGGAAGCCAUGAUGCGCAGCUCCAUAGAGAGGGGCAAGUGGGUCUUCUUCCAGAACUGCCACCUGGCCCCAAGCUGGAUGCCUGCCCUUGAACGCCUCAUUGAGCACAUCAAUCCCGACAAGGUGCACCGUGACUUCCGCCUGUGGCUCACCAGCCUGCCCAGCAACAAGUUCCCAGUGUCCAUCCUGCAGAAUGGCUCUAAGAUGACCAUUGAACCACCGCGUGGCGUCAAGGCCAACCUGCUCAAGUCCUACAACAGCCUCAGUGAUGACUUCCUUAACUCCUGUCACAAGGUGAUGGAGUUCAAGUGCCUGCUGCUGUCUCUGUGCCUGUUCCACGGGAAUGCGCUGGAGCGCCGGAAGUUUGGGCCCCUGGGCUUCAACAUCCCCUAUGAGUUCACGGACGGGGACCUGCGCAUCUGCAUCAGCCAGCUCAAGAUGUUCCUGGAUGAGUAUGAUGACAUCCCCUACAAGGUCCUCAAGUACACGGCCGGGGAGAUCAACUAUGGGGGCCGCGUCACUGACGACUGGGACCGCCGCUGUGUCAUGAACAUUCUAGAGGACUUCUACAGCCCCGAAGUGCUCUUCCCUGAGCACAGCUACAGUGCUUCAGGCAUCUACCACCAGAUCCAACCCACCUACGACCUCAACGGCUACCUCUCCUACAUCAAGGGCCUCCCACUCAACGACAUGCCUGAGAUCUUUGGCCUGCACGACAACGCCAACAUCACCUUUGCCCAGAAUGAGACUUUCGCCCUGCUCAGCGCGAUCGUGCAGCUGCAACCCAAAUCCUCCUCUGUGGGCGGCCAGGGCAGGGAGGAGAUAGUGGAAGACAUGGCCCUAAACAUUCUACUCCAGGUGCCUGAGCCCAUCAACUUGAAGUGGGUGACGACCAAGUACCCCGUGCUGUAUGAGGAGUCAAUGAACACGGUGCUAAUACAGGAGGUCAUUCGGUACAACCGACUGCUGCAGGUGAUCACGCAGACACUGCGAGAUCUGCUCAAGGCACUCAAGGGGCUGGUGGUGAUGUCCUCACAGCUGGAACUGAUGGCUGCCAGCCUGUACAACAACAUCGUGCCCGAACUUUGGAAUGUCAAGGCCUACCCAUCUCUCAAGCCACUGUCCUCAUGGGUCAUGGAUCUGCUGCAGCGCCUAAACUUCCUGCAGACCUGGAUCCAAGAGGGCAUCCCGGCUGUUUUCUGGAUCAGUGGAUUCUUCUUCCCCCAGGCUUUUCUGACAGGCACCCUACAGAACUUUGCCCGCAAGUCUGUCAUCUCUAUCGACACCAUCUCCUUUGAUUUCAAGGUGAUGCACCAGUCAGUGUCAGAGCUCAAGGAAAGGCCCCAAGAGGGGUGCUACAUCCAUGGACUGUUCCUGGAAGGUGCCCGCUGGGACCCCAUGGCCUUCCAGUUGGCUGAGUCUCGACCCAAGGAGCUAUACACAGAGAUGGCUGUUAUCUGUCUCCUGCCGGUGCCCAACCGCAAGAUUCCGGACCAGGCCUUCUAUUUGUGCCCCAUCUACAAGACGCUGACCCGUGCUGGAACACUAUCAACCACAGGCCACUCCACCAACUAUGUCAUUGCUGUGGAAAUACCCUCCAACCAGCCCCAGCGACACUGGAUAAAGCGUGGUGUGGCCCUCAUCUGUGCCCUGGACUACUAGGCUUGGAUAGAAGAGUUGGAGCCAUUAAAGUUGAGUUUUCUAAGCAGUCCAGCUGAGCCUUACCUGCUUUCAUCUGGCCCGUCCUGUAGGACUCACUGCCAG